GAAAGAAAGGAGCACAUGACCAUGAAGACCACGGGGAACCCUUUUGGGAACCUCUUUCGGCCGCGUAUGAAGACUCCCGAGGCGCCACCGCCCACCAAUGGCCCUCCGCCGCAGCAGGCGCCCGCAUUCACGCCAGACAUCGAUGUGCUGGACUCUCCGGCAGCCAUAGCCAUCGCCGCGGCGGCCAUCAACAGCAACAGCACCAGGCCGGCUGCCCCUGAGGUCGUGCCGGUGAGCGAGUCCAAGGGCGUGCCGAUGGUAGGGCAGGGCAGCGACAGGAUUGACGUCGCCACCAACAUGACGGGCGGUGUGGCCAUGACGGUGUCGACGAGCGAUGUCGACAUCCGGCAGCAGGCACAGGACAGCUCGGGGGUCAACUCGUCUGGUGCCUCGAGUGGGUUUGACUUUGGGAGGGGCAGCGAGGGCGAUGGGGGUUCGUAUCCGCUGCCGUCGAGCAGCAGCGAUGUGGCGGCGCCCAUCACUGCCGACAAUAUGGCCAACCUGGCGCUGUCGGCAUUCAACUCGAGCAAGAAGGUCGCACUCGACGACUUUGUCCUCCUCAAGGUCAUCGGCAAGGGCAGCUAUGGUAUGUAUUGUACGCUGGCUACGCUGGCUGAGAGGGGGGAGGAAGCUGAGCGAUGAGGCGAUGCGAUGCCUGUAUUGCUGUGUGGCUGUGUGUGACGUGUGUGUGGUGGUAGGUAAGGUGAUGUUGGUUCGGCACAAGACCGACGGCUGCAUCUAUGCGAUGAAGAUGCUGCGCAAGGAGAACAUCGUCAAGAGGAACCAAGUCGAACACACGAAGACCGAACGAAACGUCCUCGUAAGCAGUCGACACACGGCACACACAGGCAGGACAGGACAGGACAGGACAGGCACACACACCAACAUUUGCGCCUCGCCUCACCUCACUCUCUGGUGUGUGGUCGCUGGCUGGGCUGCAGGAGUAUAUAUCGCAUCCGUUCAUCGUGCGUCUGGUGUGCGCAUUCCAGACAGUCAAGAAGCUCUACUUCGUCCUCGAGUGAGCUGACUGAGCCCACAGCCAUGUGACCGGCGUCAUACCAUUGAUAUGUAUCUCCCCCUGUCUGUUGUGUUGGCUGUCUGUCUGCAUAUAUCUAGGUACUGCCCGGGCGGUGAGCUGUUCUUCCACCUGUCAAGGGCCGGGCGAUUCACAGAGCAGCGGUGAGUCUGACCAGACGUCACGUGUGGCCAGACAUUCAUCCAUACAUGUGAGGGCAUCCAUCCAUCUGUCUGUCGUGUCUGUCAGUGCUCGUUUCUAUUCGGCUGAGAUCAUCUUGGCCCUGGAGCACCUCCACAAGAUGGACAUCGUAUACAGAGAGUGAGUGAGCGACAGACACAGACGACACCACACGACACCCCAGGCCAACCAACCAACAACCACCAGACAGACGGCCAUGAAUGAAUCUCCCCUCCCUCCCUCUGUGUGUCUGUGUGUGGUGUGUGGUGUGCAGUUUGAAGCCCGAGAAUGUGUUGUUGGAUGAGGAGGGCCACAUACGGCUCACCGACUUUGGGCUCUCCAAGGAAGGCAUCCAGGGUAGGUGAGGUGUCACAGUCAUACGUACGUCACGGUCGCAUCAAUCCCUCCCUUCCCUGACUGAUCAGACAACACGUCUGCUCGAUCGCUGUGCGGCACGCCUGAGUACCUCGCCCCAGAGAUUUUGAACCAGACGGGCCACGGCAAGGCCGUCGACUGGUGGAGCCUCGGUACGUCAGCCAGUCAGACAGCGAGGAAGGGAGGGACGGGGGACGCGCGCAAACAGCCAACACUCUAUCUACACUACACCACUUGUAUUGUGUGCGCCGCCUGGUUGUCUGUCCUUCAGGUGCGUUGAUAUACGAGAUGCUGACUGGCCUGCCGCCCUUCUACACGCGCGACCGGGAAAAACUCUUCGAAAACAUCCGAGCGUGAGCGUCCAACCAACCACACACACACACACGGAACCAUAAUGGGGCCUGUGCCUUUUCUUCAGUGGCGAUUUGCGGUAUCCGUCGUUCAUAUCUCCGGUGGCCAAGUCUCUGCUGCAGGGGCUCUUCCAGCGAGACCCCAACCGCAGGCUGGGCGGGGGCAACACCGACGCGGAUGAAAUCAAAGUCAGCCAAACCCACCACCAAACCCAAACACCGAGGGAGCGAACCCAACUUACCCUCGGAUGUGCGGUGUGACGUGACGUGUCUGUCAUUGUGUUCAGUGUCACCCCUUCUAUGCGUCGGUGGAUUGGGAUGCGCUGCUGCAGCGCCGGAUCACCCCGCCCUUCAGGCCCUCACUCGCCUCCAAGACCGACGUCCAGUACUUCGACAAGGUAGCUAGCUUACACAGCUAGCUGGCAUUUGAUUGCACCCUUCCUGUCAUGGCGUGGGUGUGGUGUGCCCAUGGCUGGCUGGUUGGUUUGUUGCGAGCAGGAGUUUGUGUCGCUGCCGGUGAUCAACUCGGAGGUGCCCGACUCAGCCCUCAGUAAGGAAGGAACCAUGCCAGCCAAUGGCCAAUGAAUGAGACACCAGACGGUCCUGCUCUGCUCAUGCUGCGUUCGUCUCUGUCCUGUUGGUGGGUCGGUCGAUCAGCGCACGCGAUGCAGCAGGAUGACAACCACUUUGAAGGAUUCACAUACGACCCAAACCGACACAAGUGAGCUCUUUCUCUCACACACAGACGCCAGAAGCAGCCCUAUGUCCAUCCUGGACGACGCACGCGGUGCGUGUCUGUCUGGUGUCUGUCAGGUCGGAACUUCAUCAGGCCAUUGCGGAGGAGGGCUGAGAGAUGAGUGACUGAGUGAGCCGAGCGAGAGCUGUUCUGCCGCGAGAUGAUUGAUGCACUGCACGGGAUGGAGAGAGACGGCCUGCGAAGUCCAUUCACCCCCCUCCCCCGUUUUUCCAACGCCAGCCAUGUGUCCGUCCGUGUGGCCGAAAGGCACUGGUGCGUGAUUGCAUGUGCAUUAUGGUAUUUUUUGCGCCGACGCCCCUGUUUCUGUCUGCCUGUCUGUCUUGUUUCUUCUCCGUGCUGUGUUUGUAUUUAUGUAUCAUAAUACACCCUACCCUACAGGGCGGAUGGGCGGAGGGGAUGGGCGGCUCUGGGUGCAUUCAUUUCAUUCAUGUGUGUGUGUUUGUCUGUAUUUAUGUUGAGAGUGUUUGUAGAGUGGGGGGGAGGAUUGAGGCAUCCAUGUGUGCGUCUGGCGGAGAGGCAUCCAUCAUAGCGAGGAAAGGCCAGGAGCGUGAGGUUGCGCUACCUCGCUACUUUCUCUACCUCCUCCCGCCGCUUGCCUUUCCUCGCACUCAGCGAGGGACAUCGACCACUGACAGGGUUCAUGCACGUGAGAGCGAGUGUCUGGGCAUUUUUCGCAUCCAUCGGGUGCGUAUGCGUGUAUGUCGUCAGUUAGGGAGGGAGGGAGGAGACAGACCUGUGUGUCCAUCCAUACAUCUAUCCAUCCAUCGACCCAUCACACGCAGCUGCGUCGAUAAAC